UCGUGUAAUGAAAAUAUUACAGUGUCUUGGCUAUUCAGAUGUUGAAUUGAAGAUUCUCAUUGGUAAAUCUUUCUUAACAAUUUCUUCAAACAACCGAUUGUGGAUGCAUAAUUCACUACAACAAAUGGCUUGGGAAAUAGUUCGCCAAGAGUGUGUCAAAGAACCUGGGAAACGUAGUAGACUAUGGUUGCAUGAGGACAUCAAUGAUGUGCUCACAAAAAAUACGGGAACAGAAGCUAUUCAAGGCAUAGUCUUGAACUUGCCUGUAAAAAAAGAGGCACAUUGGAACCCAGAAGCCUUUUCAAAGAUGCAUAAUCUUAGAUUGCUCAUAAUUGGUAACGUGCAACUUCCUUGUGGGCUCACACAUUUUCCUAGUGCGUUAAGAUUUGUCAAAUGGAGUGGGUAUCCAUUAAAAUCAUUGCCAUCAAAUUUCCAACCAAAAGAGCUAGUUGAACUUAACAUGUGUAACAGCAAAAUUGAGCUGCUUUGGGAGGGAGUAAAGUAUUUAAACAAGUUAAAAUUCAUCACACUCCGUCAUUCCCAAAAUCUUUUGAGGACCCCAGACUUCACGGAGGUUCCAAAUCUGGAGAUAAUAGAUCUUGAAGGUUGUACAAAUUUGAUUGAGCUACACUCAUCUAUUGGUGUACUUAAAAGGCUUAUUUUAUUGAAUCUGAAAGAUUGUAGAUGUCUCACAAGUCUUCCGUGCAAGAUUGGAAUGGAUUCUCUUGAAAUUCUUAUUCUCUCUGGCUGCUGCAGAGUCCAGAACAUUCCAGAAUUUGCGGACAAUAUGCUAGAGUUACGGGAGCUUUUUUUAGAUGGGACUGCAAUUCAAAAGCUACCCUCGUCAAUUAAAAAUUUGACUGGUCUUACUUUAUUGAAUCUGAGCCAAUGCAAAAGUCUUGUGUGUCUUCCAGGUGCCAUUCUUAAAUUGGAAUUUCUAAGAGAAUUCACUGUUUUCGGAUGUUCAAAACUGGCAAAAUUUGAAGAUCACGAGAUUGCACCCACUCAUGAACCUCAAAUUGAGCCAAAUGAGUGCCCUACUUCACUAGCUGUCUCUAUAUUGGGCGCAUAUAAAGGACCUGUGAUCUCACCAAUUUCUCCUGAAAAACAGGAGUUGUUAUCUGUGCAUGGAACAGAAGUAAUGGAGAAAGAAGGGAGGAUGCCCAUUCUUGAAACAGAAAUUGAGACCGUCUCUUCUCAACCUAAAUUGACAAAGCAUGUUGGGGAACCAAUUCAGCCCCUUACUCCAUUAGCAGUCUCAACUUCAGAUACAAGCAAACAAGCUGCAGUUGAACCAGUGUCAGUGACGGUGCUGCCUUCAGGAAAGGAUGGAAGUCAACCUAUUAAAAAAGAAGAUAUUGAGAUUGCUCAUCCAACUGAUGGUCAGCAGUUUCUUGAAGUAAGCACAUGUCCCAAGAGUUCUAUUGAGCGCACUUUGUUGAGGAUCUUGAGAUACAUUAAUGAUGCUACAGCCCAAAGAAUUGGUGUUCAUGGAAGUGGCGGGAUUGGCAAGACUAGUGUACUGAAAGCCUUGAUCAAUCACUUCAAAACAAAAGACUUGUUUGAUGUGGUUAUUUGGGUGACUGUCUCAAGAUAUUGGAGCACCAGAAAGAUUCAAGAUGAGGUUUUACGACAAUUGCCUCCAGAAGACUUAAAAACUGAUUUGGAAAUUGGAGAAAAUUUGUUUAAAGCUUUAAAGAGCCGACGAUUUUUGUUGCUUCUGGAUGACGUUUGGGAGCAGAUUAACCUAGAUGCAGUUGGUAUUCCUAAUCCUACUCUAGAAAAUGGCAGCAGGAUAAUACUUGCAACAAGAUCCCCUGAUGUGUGUCACAUCAUGCUUGCUGAUAAAGAGGUUCAAGUGGAGAGACUCCUACCAGAAGAAGCUUGGGAAUUGUUUCAGGAACUAGUAGGUAGCAUCAUUGACAGUCCAAAUAUCCGGCCAUAUGCCCAAGAUAUAGUUCAAAGGUGUGGUGGUUUGCCAUUGUUGAUAAUUGUUACUGGAAGGGCACUGGCCAAGGAGAAUGAUGCUUUAUGCUGGAUGCAUGCAGCAAGGGAAUUUUCACGGUGCAGUGCACAUAGGAUAUAUGGUUUUGAAUCUAUUUUCCAACAGCUGAAAUUCAGUUAUGACAGAUUGGAGGGUCCUGACUUAAAGAGUUGCCUCCUUUAUUGUGCCUUGUUUCCAGAAGAUCGGGAGGUCAGCAUAUUUGAAUUGGUAGAGUACUGGAUCGAAGAAGGUUUGAUCAGUGGAAACUGUACAGAUGCAUAUAAGAGGGGGUAUGAUAUAGUUGGCAUUCUUGUAGGAGCCUCUCUUUUGCAGAGCUCGGAAUGUGGUCUUUCUAUCAAAAUGCAUGAUUUGAUUUGGGAUUUAGCAUCAGUGAUCUUGUCAUUAGAAGCAGAAGGUUGUCAGUUUCUGCUUAGAAGUUGUUCCAGAAUGACAAAGCAAACAGACAUGGGAGAUAGCUCGUCAUACAGAUUACUUGAAAGUUUUCAAAGCAAUAAACAGUCAAUUCUUCAUGGUCAUCAGUUCUUAGUAAGGGCUGGUGCAGGUCUAACUGAGCCACCUUUAAAGGAUGAAUGGGAAGAAGCCAAGAUGAUAUUUUUGAUGGACAAUGAGUUAUCCAAUCUACCAGAGAGACCAAGUUGCCCAAAACUUUUGGCAUUGUUCCUCCAAAGAAAUCAUCAGCUUAGAGUGAUACCUUCUUCGUUUUUUGAUUUAAUGCCUUCUCUUACAAUUUUGAACCUAUCCAAGACAAGGAUCAAAUCCCUGCCAAAGUCACUUUUUAAGCUUAUGAGCCUUGAGGCACUUAUUCUACGCAAUUGUGAACGUCUGGCUCAGCUUCCAUCUGAGGUUGGAUCUUUGGGACGACUUGAGGUGCUCGAUCUCCAAGGAACAGAAAUUGAGAAAUUACCAGAUGAGAUUUCUGAGCUGGCUUCUCUGAGGCACUUAAAAGUAUCAUUUUAUGGAUCUGUCAACCAGAGUGAAUGUGUUAGGCUGCCUCAUGAAUUGGUUCCACAUGGAAUAAUAUCAAGUCUCAGUGAAUUGGAAACUCUGAGUAUUGAUGUGUACCCCGGAGAUAAAAGGUGGGAGAAGAAUGUGGAUUCUAUCUUAAAUGAGAUGGGUAACUUGACAAACUUGAUUACUUUUUGUUGCUAUUUCCCAGACGUAAAGUUUCUUGAACGUUUUCUUGAAAAAAGCCUACCAUGGAAAAUUCAAGGUUUAACUGAUUUCAAAUUUGUAGUUGGCUAUGAUGUUAAACGCUUCGCAUAUCAGGUUGGGGACAAUCUGGAGAUUGAAUAUGUCCAAUGGGGUCAGUGCUUGAGAUUUGUAAAUGGUGAGGAGAUACCAGAUGCAGUUCUGGAAGUAUUAACUUGUUCCACUGCAUUCUUUCUAGAUCAUCAUAUCAAAGUCUGCAGCCUAUCAGAGUUCAGAAUCAGUAAUCUCAAUGGAUUGAGAUUAUGCGUGGUGAGGGAUUGUCCCAAGAUUGAAUCAGUAAUUGCUGGCAAGGAACUAGUUAUAUUUCCAAUUCUGGAGCAACUAAGUAUUUAUUAUCUGUCAAACCUGGGGAGGCUUUGGGAAGGAAUGAUACCACAGGGAAGCUUUGAUAGGCUAAGAAAAUUGACAGUGCAUACAUGCCCCAAAUUGCAAUUUGUUUUUGCAAGCUCAAUGCUCCAGUUUUUCUCUAAAUUAGAAGAGUUGAGAGUCGAACAUUGUCCAGGAAUUACAGAGAUCAUAUUUCAGGAUCAGGUGGUUGAUUCUGGUAGUGGUACACUCCCUAGAUUGAAAACAUUAAAACUUCACUAUCUACCAGAAUUGGUUACAAUUAUGCAAGGUACAUGGCCGCCAUUGGAAAACAUUAGCUUCUACAAUUGCCCUAUGUUGAAGAAGCUUGUCAUUGACUCCAAUACAAGUCAUUCCAUAAAAGAGAUUAAAGCAGAGAAUCAUUGGUGGGAAAAAUUAGAGUGGCAAGAUACCUCAAUACGCUCAUGUCUUCAUGCUCAUUUCAUCCCUAUUUCUGACUACAAUUUGUAAUAAAAAUUUUCAAGAAUAAAGAUGGACUUUUCCCUUUUGGCACCAUUAGUUUAUCUGCUCACUUUGUUAUCAAGAACAAGAUGAGGCCAUGGCCAAAGGAUUCAACAAGAAUGACAAGUGUGUGGACUUCUGUUGUAGUUGAUUACACUAGUUACACAACAGAGCUGGGGACAUCCCGGAAAGUUCUGGUGACAGGUCUGUCCUUUAUGUUUAACAUGUUUUUGAGACUUCCUCCAGCUUGGGUGAAUCUAAUAUUAAACC